AUGACACCCCGUCUCGGGACCCUCCGUACCACCCACCCGACCAGGACUCCACACAGGCCUCCCCACGGCGGCCUAAGAAGAGAACUCCACGGGGGACGGGCAGUGGUGGCGAAGGAGAGAGAGACCCAGGAUACAGGACAGGAGAGGCGGCCGAAGAGCCUCUGUGCUGAGCUCCCAAGGUUCUGUCACAUGCUGGCCAGACCAGCCCUGCUUAACUGCUGGGGUCAGAACCGGUCAGACGGUGGGUGCUGCAGCCCAGCCCUCGGGGGCACCGCGGAGUGGGCAGCAAGCUCGCCUGCCCGCCUGUGGACUAGGCCACCACCUCAGAUGGAGCAGCGUUGCACUCAGGUGCUGACGUCACCCAUUCACUGUGACGUCCUCCUUGGUCAGAGCCUGCUCACUGCCACCUGCCUUUCCCUUUUCAUCUCUUCAGAAUGUGCAGACGUGGCGAUCAGACACGACCUCCCAAGAGUGUUCACAGGAAACGGUGCCGCGCACGGGCAGAAGUGCCCGGGUGAGCAUCCGCCAUCAGACCCACGAACUGAGCUCCCUUUGUGCCGGGAAUGGGUCGUCUGCAGAAUGCAGAGGAGAGUCUGUGUCACACAGACCGAUGGUAAGAAGUUCACAGGAGUCUCGGCUCCUGGAAGCUGCCUGGGUCUGCUUAGUGGAGGCUCCAGGAGUGAAGCGGGCGACCACAGGAGCGGCGGCAGCAAACUGCAGCACAGCUCGCUGGCGAGGGUUCCUGGAGGACGCAACGGUGACAGAAGCUGGGUUUUCAAUGGCAACAAUGGCAUGAGCUGUCGACAGAAGUUUCUCCCAGGUUCUCUUCGGAUUCCUAAUGUAGACGCCCUCACUUUUCCUUCUGUAGAUGUACUGCUCCACUGGGAAGUAAAGGUUGGUGCCACCUAA